AUGGUAUCAGCUACGAUUAGGCGAAUUGUCUCACCCUGUUGGAGAUCAUCUGAUACGGGUGAAAUUUCUGGUAGGCAUGGAGAUUCAAGUGGACGUGUUGAUGGUUUGUUGUGGUACAAAGAUUCCGGAAGACAUGCGCAUGGUGAAUUCUCAAUGGCAGUUAUUCAAGCAAACAAAUUGUUGGAGGAUCAAAGCCAACUUGAAUCUGGGCCCUUGAGCUUAACUGAGGAAAAUUCUCGAGGAACUUUCGUUGGAGUAUACGAUGGCCAUGGUGGUCCAGAAGCUUCCCGAUUUGUCAAUGACAGUCUAUAUAAAAAUAUCAGGAAAUUUACUUCGGAAAAUGGUGGAAUGUCAGCUAAUGUUGUCCAUAAAGCAUUCUUGGAAACUGAAGAAGAAUUUCUUUCUCUGGUCGAGAAGCAGUGGCUGCACAAGCCGCCUCUAGCAUCAGUUGGAUCUUGCUGUUUGAUCGGCAUAAUAUAUUGUGGGGAGCUCUAUAUUGCAAAUGCAGGAGAUUCUCGAGCAGUAUUAGGUAGACUGGAUGAUGAUACAAAAGAGAUUAAAGCUGUUCAACUCUCCGAGGAGCACAAUGCUAGCAUGGUAUCUGUCAGAGAAGAGUUGCGCUCAUUGCAUCCUGAUGAUCCGCAGAUAGUGGUUAUGAAACACAAGGUCUGGCGUGUGAAGGGUCUGAUUCAGAUUUCAAGAUCUAUUGGUGAUGCCUAUCUAAAGAAGGUAGAGUUUAAUAGAGCACCAUUAUUGUCAAAAUUUCGACUCCCAGAACCCUUUGAGCAGCCAAUCCUUAAAGCUGAACCAGCAAUACUAGUACAGAAAUUGUGUCCUCAAGAUCAGUUUCUCAUAUUUGCAUCAGAUGGGUUAUGGGAGCACGUCAGCAGUCAAGAAGCAGUUGACAUUGUCCAAAGCUGUCCACGUAAUGGAGUGGCAAAGAAACUUGUGAAAACAGCACUUUGUGAAGCUGCGAAGAAAAGAGAAACAAGAUACUCAGACUUGAAAAAGAUUGACCGAGGGGUGAGGAGACACUUCCAUGAUGACAUCACGGUUAUAGUUUUGUAUCUUGAUUCAAAUUUUUUGACCCAUGCCAACUCACGUGUACCCUUGGUGUCUAUCAAAGGAGGUGGUGAUAAUGGUUAUGGUAUUGGUAUUAUAGAUGCCUAG